AUGAGCUUUGUUCUUGUUUUUGUUGUGUGUGCUUCGUCGUUUUUCUCUUGUCGUGUUUUUCUCAUGAAGAUAAUAAGCUGGAAUUGCCAAGGGGCUGCGUCUAGUGGUUUUAGACGAGCUCUCCUUUUGUUGAUUCAAAAAACCAAAGCUGAUUUGGUGUGCCUUUUAGAACCACGAAUCUCUGGCACUGCUGCGGAUAAGGCAUGCAAAGCAUUCGGGUUCGACAAUUGGAUUAGAGUGGAGGCCGUAGGCUUUAGCGGAGGUAUUUGGCUCAUGUGGAGAAGCAAUACUACAGUGGAAAUCAUAGCAACCAAUCCACAAUUUGUGUUAACAAGAGUGAGCAGGGGGGAGAAAAAACUUGGGCUGAUCUCUUUUGUUUACGGCAGCCCGGCAAACUAUCUGAGGAAGAAACUUUGGGAGACUCUCUCCGGGGAUAAUUUCCCCCUCAACGAUGAAUGGCUAACGAUGGGCGACUACAAUGCCGUCACUUGCAUGGAAGACGUCAGCAAUCCGAACAAUUUUCAGAAUCAUAGGUGUGCAGGUAUGAGGCAAUGGGUAUUCAAAGAAGGUUUAAUUGAUCUUGGUUUCUUUGGUGCCAGGUGUUAG